UACCGCUGGAUUGGUUCAGUAAAUAGAACAGCUCGAAGCUAUUGUAUUAGGAACUAAACUGGUAAACGUUUUCUUGGGAUCGACUCCAUGAAUGGCCUGUACUAGAAAUAUAAACUUAUUACAGGCUUGACCUCUCUUCACUUAGACAUUGAGUAAUAGCCUAAGAAGUGCGUGAAAAGCACGUGUUCUGAAUAUUGAAAAGAUUAGCACACGUCUGUCUUGGAGACUUAGGAAAGGUGUCCCAGAAGUAAUUUCAGCCUCACCCAGUCAGACGUGGACUUUGUUCUAACGGAAUAUUACAAACUUAACUGAUGCAUACUUGGCUUAUAGAAACUUGUUUCAGCAGACGGCUGUGACAUCGAGGCUCGUUUAGUUGUUUAUUUGGAAAGGACGUGACACGCUUGGCCGAAAGAAAGAAAAAAAAAAGAAAAAGGCGAAACUUUUUUUUAAUGCUGUAACGUCUGCUGACUUGGGGGGUGAAGGUUGCUAACUUCACACAGUUCAUAGAUUUUGUGACAUUUAGGACAGGAACCCAGUGACCGGAAUUUCGUGUGGAUAACUUUCUAAAAUAGGUCUCUGAUAGAACGUCCACACUAAAUGUUCAAGUCUGGAUCCUCUGACGUCAUAGAGGGCACACGUCAUAGUAUGAAAACCUUUUGGUCCUCCUUGUCGUAGCUCGUUGGGAGGCGCGUGUUGCGUGUUCUGCGCACGCGCACCGCAUCCAUGUGCGUAACGGUGGACGUACGGAGUAUGGGAUGCGGGAAAAGCCGACACCGCUCACCGGAUGACUCGGAAACUGAUCUGAAAAACAGCAAACAUGGCGGUUCUCAAAAUGCCAAAAAAAGAAAGUUGGAGGAGAAGAAGUCAUUGGAGGGCGAGAAGGAAGUUACUGAGAGAUCCAACUCUUUCAAGAAAAUCUAUAAUGGCAAGUCUUCAAAGUUGAAAGAAAGAAAUGAGGACAUUGGUGUGCCAUUAAGUUCUUCACCAAAAACUGCUGCAGGCUCUGCCUCUACUGGAAGUGGGGACAAAACCAAUGGUGCUACAAAGCUACAAAACAAAACUUUCUUACUGGAAGUACCCAAUGAAAUGGCUAAACCGGAGCCAACAACAAAGGGAACCAUGAGAGAUUUCAAGUCUUUAACUGCAUCUAAAAUAAUUCAUGUAACAAGUAGUCAGAUAGAGUUCUUUAAAAUGUUGGAUGAGAAGAUUGAGAAGGGUGGAGAAAAUCUGACAUCUACAGACUGCUCAGAAGUUUCUUCUAUUGAUGAAGUCUACAAGCAUUAAUCAUUGGCUAGAGCACAGACUAGAACUCAACUUGUAAAGAUGUGUUUCUUCUGUUACUUCAUGGAGAUGACUUUUAAUGUUACUGAGAAUAUAGUUCAGUGACUGAAACUACAAUGUAGUGAACAUUUACACUAAUGAAUUGACUCACUAAAUAGAGGCUGAAUCACUCAAUACAGAAUGAAUCAUUAAUUACAUUCAGUUCAAAUUACUUGUCAAUGAACAUUUUUGUAUGAUUUCAAGUUUUCUACUUUCAAAUUGGUAUAAAUGACAUGGAGGUGAAUUCUUCAGUUGUUGUUUCUUUUUUCAAACAUAGAUUAACAGACCAAGAUCUACCAAGAUAUACAGGUCACCUUGUUUCCUACUUUUAAAGUGUGUCACUAAGAGUCAAUGAAUAAGUGAAGACAUUUCUUGCAAUGGAUAAAUGGAUGUAUACUAAGUGGAUUUUUAUCACAGAAUUAACAUAUUCUGUUUCUAGCAAAUCAUUUUUUAUGGUUAAUAAUUGUUUUACAAACUAGAAUAGAUUGAUUAUAAAAUAGACAAAGGAAACUUUGAAAAUGUUUGAUUGUACCACUAAAAGAAACUUUUGAAUAUUCAAGAACAACAUCAAUACAGAAAUAGACAUUCUACAUAAAAAGUGACUUGGGUAUUGUAUAUAUAUUUUUGUAACUUGAAUUAGAAACUUGAAAUAACCAAGCACCACAUAUUUAGGAGAUACAUGAAUCUGAAUGUCUGUGAAAUUUGAUAAUUUAAUUUUUCAGUUUUAUUAGUUCUGACGUAAUUUAGUACAAAUAAAAGGAUUGUUUUGUUAUUUGUAUUUGAAAGUUUUAAUUUUCAGAAUAAAUUUUUGAAUUAAUUAAUUUCUGUAUUUCUAAGAAAGUACAUUUGAAAUUAAGAUUAUGAUAGUAAUUUAUUGUUUUACAUUUUUUUCCCAAUUCAAUUUAUGAUAGAUUAUUAUUGCACAGUAGAAAAAACAAACAAACAACAACUGCUGUUCUCUUUUGAAAGUAGUUACAAUAUUUCAUAUAUUUGGGUAAUAGGUUAGUGCAUACAACAGCUAGGCAGUUAGUUAAAAGCUUAAGAGAGUUUAAGAUCAUGUUUAUGAUUAUGAAACUGUUAGAAUGUUAAACAAAUCAUUCUAGUUCAUGUAUUAUUUUGGUUACUUUUUAAAAAUCAUUUAUAUUAGCAAUGU